AAAAAUUUUUUAGCUCUUUUAUUUUUAUCCAUAUACAUUUUUGAGCAUCUGGGAUAUCAAAAUGGACCUUUGCUUGAAGCAACUUUGGUUUUCAAUGUUUUUUCCCCCUUAUGUUUUAAGUUUGACUUCAAAUGUUGUAUAUGCUUGUUCUUAUGCAUGCAAGGGUCUUUUUCUUUUUUUUUGUUAAAUAUUGAUGCUUUAGCCAUUUUUUGAGUACCCAUUUGAUGCAUUUGAAGUAAAUCUUUUCGCAUCUUGUUUUGAUUAAGCUUUUGUUUUGAGUUUCUUCUUCAUCUUCAUCGGUUCAAAUUUUUUUUUAAUGUUUUCUCUUUUUGGAUGUUCUCACUUCUCUAGCUUGAAAGCUCCUCAAAUGUGUCUGAUUUGUAGGAAUCUUUGAGAUUUUUGAUUAGUGAUAAUCUGGGGUUUGAUUAAUGUUGAUCAUCAAAAUCUAUGCUAGCCCCAUUUUUACUCGCUUCUUGCUGGAGUUCAAUGUAAAUUAAUGAUCAGCUUUGUUGUUUCUUUGCCUUGUACGUUUAUAUAGUUCAUUGUUGUAUAUCAGCUAUUAAAGGGAUUGCCUUUAUUGCUGAUUUGGAUUUACCAUAUCAUGUUAAAUGAAGGUCAGGAGGCGUUGUUUCCUUUCUUAGUUUCUUCGUGGUGCUCAAAAUUAUUUUUUGAUGAAGAGUUUUUUAGAGCUCUAUUGAUAUUUUCAAGUAUUUUUGCUUCUCAUCUUGCUUUGCCGAUAUCAUUCAAGGAUCUUGUACUAGUUUUACUAAGCGAAUCAGGCCAAACUUUUGUUUUUAAAGUGAAAUUGUUAUGAUAUUAUUUCUGCUGUUGCAUCGGAGUUCCCAAUAUGCUCAUUCUUUUGGGGCUUUUUGUGUGCUUGAGUAUAAUAUGAUGUUCUGGAUUCUUUUUUCUUUUGCCCCUAUCUGGAUCUAACUGCAUACGAGCUAUGUUGCCACUUCUAUCACAGUUGAUUUUUGUCAUUGGGGUUAGCUAAAUCAAUGAUCUUUAUUUUUUCGUAAGUAAGAAAUUGCUGGUUUUCUUGCUAGAAGAUUGAGGUUUAUAGAUAAUGCAGUGUAAGAAAACAUACAUCAUAGGCAAGUCUAAUGGAUGGUAAUGUGAUGGCUGAUCCUGAUUCAGAGUCCUAUUUUCAGUCUGAUACAUUGGGUUUAAGGCAUAUUAGCAGCUCACUUUUCAAUAUUCCUGGUUUUCUUGUUGGAUUUAGCACUAAGGGUUCUUCAGAUUCUGAUAUGGUUCGGAGCCCUACAUCUCCUCUUGAUUUGAGAGUUUUUGCAAAUUUUAGCAACCCAUUUAGUGGUAGGUCUCCUAGAUCAUCAUCCCAAAGUGGUUAUCAAAAGAAGUGGGAUUGCAGUAAGAUGGGUUUGGGCAUUGUGAAUCUGCUUGCUGAUGAAAUUAAAUCAGAUGGUGAAGACCUUGAUUCUCCAAAGAGAAAGAAUAUAAUUUUUGGACCACAGGUGAAGACUAAGUUUCCUUCCUCUUCAAGGUAUUCCCAUGAAUUCCUUGGUAAUUCUAUGAAAUCCAAUUCUUUGCCUAGGAAUUACAUAAUUUCACAACUUUCCAAAGACAGAAAACCCAACACCAACUCAGGGGGUUCUAGUCUUGUCUUUGGAAAUGAGGAAGUGCCAUUAGAACCCAAAUCAGAUUCCAGCAGGCUUUCCCCUUCGUUUAUUGCCUCCACCAAAAACUCCAAUUUGAGUUCCAGAAGUUUUUGUUCAGAGAAUGGAACCACCAGCCUUAAUAGUUCAUCUCUGCCAAUUGGCAGAGCUUUGCAAGUAGAUGAUUCUUUGCUAAGUAAACCAAGUUCACUUCCUAUACCCGUUGGCCAUAGCAUGGGAUCUCUCUCUGCACAUGAGAUAGAACUUUCUGAGGAUUAUACUUGCAUAAUUUCUCAUGGUCCAAACCCCAAAACAACUCACAUUUUUGGUGACUGUAUUUUGGAAUGUCACAACACUGAGUUGACCAAUUUUGACAAAAAAGCAGAACCAGAAACCAAAGUGUCCCAACUGGAUAAGAGCCCAGAGACUUCAACCCCUUACCCCUCUGAUGAGUUUUUGAGCUUCUGUUACUCUUGCCAGAAAAAACUAGAGAAGGAUGAAGACAUUUACAUGUACAGAGGUGAAAAGGCAUUUUGCAGUUUUGAUUGCCGCUCUGAGGAGAUUUUCGCAGAGGAAAUGGAGAAAACCUGUAAUAAUUCCUUCAAUGGUUCUCCUGAGCAGAGUGAUGAUGAAGAUCUCUUCCUAAUGGCCAUGGAUGAUCGCAGCAUAAAUCAUGAAUCAUGGAUAGCAAAGCAUAGAGUUUGAUUUAUAGUCCGCGGAUAGAUAUAGUGUUAGACUGUUGUUGCAUUAUAAUUUUGAUUAGAUGAGUCAGUAGUGGCCAGAAGCCCCAUCUCAUCAGUUUUCUUUUUUAUGUCAUUUAUUACUGUUGCUCCUUUUAUGAGCUGUUGUAGAAGCCUCUUGAACUUGAAGAACUCAUUGUUGAAUCUUGAAUGUAUGUGGCAUUUACUCAAUUGAAUGCAUUCUCUUUCAGAUAA